CGUGUCAGUUGCUAAUCCCAAAAUCUAGCAAAGACUCGGUCCGUGGUCACAAAAAUGCUAGAGCCAUCAGAUGAUCUAAAGAACACACACACUAUUAGCAAUAAAUGGGUACGCAAGCCCGAGGAGGUACACCUGCAGUCCCUGCAGCACGUUUGCAUGCUCACAACUGAACUACACGCCCACACACUACAAAUCGACUACAGCAGCAGCAUCACCCCCCUUGUCCCGCAUUUAACCAAAAUGAAUAUAGUAGGCGGGUGGUGUCCCAAGGUGCAACUCACCGCCGCGCUGGCUCAGCGUGGCAGUGAGGAAGCACAGACGGUGGCAGUGGCGAGAGGCAAGAACCGAGCUCUGCAGAGAUGGAUUGAUGCGAGGAAAUUCGCCGCUCGGAAAAUACGGAAGAAAGCACACCCGCAACGCGAGGUGGACCGAGAGAGACACGAGACCGCAGCGGCCGUCAAGGCGGCUGCGAAGAAGAAGGCACGAGAGGGCGACCUAUCGUUCGGCACGUUCAACGUACGCACGCUCGCCUACAGCGGUAGGAACCCCAUCGGUCACAACGUGAUGACGGUCAUGCAGAUUUGUUCCGCGACCGGCUGUGAUGUGAUAGGACUUCAGGAGACCCGACGAGAGGGGCAAGGUUCAAUUGCACACGACGGGUACGUGAUCAUCUGGAGUGGCGCCCGUGCUGGCACCAAGGACAAGAGGGGCGUACACGGUGUGGGCAUAGCGAUCAAGGAGACCAUGUGGGAGAGUGUGGGCGAGGAAGGUAGGAAGGUGGAGUGCAUUGGUCCGAGGCUGAUGAAGGUGCGUUUACGAAUUGGCCGCACCUGCGGAAUAACUUUCGUGGUGAGGUACGCCCCCACGGAAACUGUCCGCACCACCGCGGGCGGUGAUAUUAACGCCAAGGACUCCUUCUGGACUGCUCUCGACGCAGUGAUCCGGGAGGUUCACAGCCAUGACCAUCUCGUGGUGCUAAUGGACGCCAACGCACGCACUGGUAGGAGGCGAGACGGGUGCUGCGAUGCCAAGAUUAUGGGCGUGUACGGACGCGACAUUAUGAACAACAACGGGGAACGACUCCUUGGACUGGCAUCAAACAAUCAACUCUCCCUGACCAAUACCUACUUCCGAACACCGUAA